AUGGCCGCGCCACGCCUCUCUCUUCCGGGAAGCCGCUGCACGGGCCGAAGCAGUCGAACUCCGAGCAAGCGCUCACUGGGCGGUGGAUUGCUUCAGGCUGGUGACGUAUUAUGUCGGCGUCCACCCUGGUUCUGCCAUCCCAGCCGGUGCAAGAUGGCGCCGGGGAGGCCGACGUCGAGGUGGAGCGCCGGAGGAUUGGCGGCGCGUGGGGAACGGACGCCUCAGGUCGGAUUGGGGAAGCAGAACGGGAAACGCAGGACCUGGCGCCCUAACCACCAUCAAGCCUUCCUGGGGAGCGUGCGCGAGGGACAAGGUUUUGCAUUUCGGAGAAAAUUGAAGAUCCAGCAAAGUUACAAGAAACUGCUGUGGAAGGUAAAGAAAGCACCAGUAUCCCAGGAAUCCCAGUUCACAGAUCACUACCCAGACCAUCUGAAACACCUCUAUCUAGCUGAAGAAGAGAGACUCAGGAAACAGCAAAGAAAGGUUGGCCUGCCUUUGUCAGAAGAACAAGCUGACCAGACUGUGUCUGAAGCAGGGGACAACACUGAACAUACUCUGUCAGAGCAGUCUGGUGUUUACCAGCCUCAGCCAGAGCAGCUGAGCACAGUAAAUUCUGUGACUAGUCCAAAGAAAAAGAAAAAGAAAACUUCAAACCAAAAGGCACAAGAAGAGUAUCAACAAGUACAAGCAAAACGUGCUGCUAAGAAAUUUGAAUUUGAAAUGCGAAAGCAAGAGAGAGAAGAAGCACAAAGGCGCUACAAAAAGAAGAAAAUGGAAGCUUUCAAAAUACUGAGCAAAAAGACUAAAAAGGGCCAGCCUAACCUGAAUUUACAGAUGGAGUAUCUUCUUCAGAAAAUACAAGAAAACAGUUAAAGUAGACAUUUUGUCUUUAAGGAUUAAACUCCAACUGACUGUUGUGUCCUUUUGUAUGUGUAUCAGAAGCCUUCUACUAGUGAGCUAAACUUGUUGGCAUCAAAUGAAUUGGUGAAUUUUUUUUUUUAUAAAAGAAAAGCUUCUGUAUAUAUUUUCUACAAAGACUGUCUUUAUCAUGAUAUUUAAAAAUCUUCAAUGGAAUUUGUAUGGAAUAAACUGUUUUGAAAUAGGAGAUCUGAGCUUACAGUGAAGAAUUUCAAUGAUGAGAACAUAUUUUUGUACAGUAAUCAACCGUAGUAUUUAAGGGGUUAAUUACUGGGUUGAAUCUGCAUCCUUGUAUUUGUUCGGCAGUUGUACUAACAAUAAACUACAUUGUAGUCCCUGGGAGCUUUGAGAAGGGUUUCUGUGCAGCUUAUAUAUCUCAGGCUGGUCUCAAACUUGUGAUUCUCUUGCCUCUGCCUGGGGAUCUAGGAUUUCAGACCUGCACCACCAUGCCUGAUAGAUUAAUUUUAAUGAUAAGGAAAGGAAUCUCCUUGGAGUUUUUAUUUAUUAAUUUUUAGGACAUGGUACAGGAAAGUGGCUAUUCUAGGUUACCUAAAAGUACACUAAAAGAGUUUGCACCUCCAUAAUAAGAUAGACUUCAUAAAGCAAUUUGACAUCUGAAUUGAGUUUCAUAGAAGCAUGCUCUUACAUGGAAGCAGUUUUUGUAUCGUUUAAAUGAUGGUGAAAGCCCAGCCUUUCUCAGUAACAGUUAAGCUCUAUUAUAUUUGGAAUGAACUUCAUCACUGUGUAGUAUUGUUCGUACUUUUGUAGCUUUCUGCCUUCAGUUACAACAGCCUUGACAUUGUAAGCAAAAAAACUGAACAAUAAUGCUCGUAAAACUGCAUGCUACAGCCUUCAUCCUGUGUUUAAAAAUGCAAUAACAAAUACUGAGGAAAUUCUAAACUCUUUGCAUAUAAAAAUAAUGUUUAGAAAUUUGCAAUAUAUCAUUGCACUUGAACAACCCAGAAAGUCAAAAUCUGAUUAAGGAAGCAUGCAAUGAUUCAAUGAUUUCAUUGAAUUCCUUUCCUCACAUCUGUAUUCUAGUCUUCAUCCUAAAACAUGGAGGUCUGAUCUAUUUUAAGUUAUGAGUGAAAAGCAAGAUCAAGUGCUUUUUACAACAUUGUUGAGAGGUCUGUGUUGAGGGCUUUUGUUUUGUUUUAGUUUUGUUUCAUUUUGUUUGCAUGCAGGGAUGUUUUAGGGCAGAAAGUAAUCAACAUUAGGUUCAAGACAAUUGAUUCAGUUUGAGUGUGAUAGAAGAACCACACUUCAUUUGAAAGCUGUACUCUGAGGUCUGAAUAGUAGAGACUAGCUCAGUAAUGACAGUUUAUCCUUAUGCCACACUUACCAAAGGCGCAGCCAAAGCAUGGGGGGGGGAUAUUUAAUGUAAAGAAAGUAUAGAGAGGCUUGGUAUGCAGGCUGAGACAGAAUCUAAUGUCAGAGGGAUUCAUUGUCAGCCUAGGCCUUGUAGAGAGAGAAAUAAUAUGGGUGAAGUGGUUAAGAAAAGUCUUUAAGGUUGAAAACGCUAGAGGCAAAUCAGAAGGAAAAUUACAGAGAGGAAAAACGAUUAAGAUGUAGUACAGUAUAUAAAAGUAGUUACUGGCAGUGGGCUUGUUUCUUCUCCCUUGCUGAUGCUUCCUCCCAUACAAAGAAAAUGUCAUUAUCCUCUUACUGGCUGACUUGUUCUGCCUUGGGGCAGUAUUGUACUAUUUAAGUUUUGAGAUCAUGCCGGUUAGCUUAGAGUACAUAUAGUCUCCCUAUCCCAACCCGUCCUUCUGGUAUAUAUGUUUAUAUGUACAUGCCAUAUGUUUGGAGGCCAACGUCACUCAAAACCUUAUUUUUUGAGAUAAGGGUUUCUCUAACCUAAGGUUUUCCUGGCUUUUCCGCCACAGCAUUGGGGUUACAGGAAGAACAUUCUGGCCUUUAAUGGUGCUGGGGAACCUCAACUCAGGUCCAGCUGCUUGGCCAGCACAGCAGUUAUUUUACUGACUGAACCACCUUCUCUGGAGAUGGGUUUUUAUGCUAUUUUGCCCAAGCCAGUCUCAAUCCCUGAACUCUUGAUCUUCCAUAUCCCAAGGAACUAAUAGUACCUCAGGCACAUGUCAGCAUAGCAAACUAGAAUACCAUACUCUUGAUUGCCAUUCUCGUAAAUUAUAAAAACAAAUUCUCUUGAGAAGGGAAAGAGAGGGAUAGACACAGACCAAUAAUGAAUAAUGUAAUAAUUCUGAAUAAUGUAAUAUCUGAGAAUUUGUUCUGUCGGGUGAGAUUACCACUUAGUGACGGAUGCUUGCCUAGCACAUCAAAGUGCUGUGCUACAGCACUAAUGCUACAAACCAAAAUGGUUAAAAAGGUAUGCCACCCUAUUUACCAAGGCAAAAAUACUUUUAAAUGGUAACCAUAAACACACAAAGAAGCUUUACGUGACCAGAGACUUGAUUUCAGGCUUUAAACUUAACAUACACAGAGAAAGUUUUGAUCUUGACAUCUUAUUACAAGUUUAUAUUGGGCCGUAGUUUUAAUUAUGUAAAACUGCAAAAGUGCACUAGGCUUUUAAUUGCUUCAUUUUGUGCGCUUAAAAAAAAAAAAAAAAAAAAAAAGAAACAAAAGCA